ACACCACGAAGAUGUAAAACCAUUAUCAAAAACCAUUCGUAAAGAUGCAAGGUGUUAUAAAUGUCCGAAAAAUACAGAGUGAAAUAGAAUUUUUAUUUUUUUUUGCAAUAUAUUCAACCUCCUGUCACAAGGGGAGUACUAAACGUCUGCAUAUGAUGGUAUAAUCUAAAAAUCUAAAAUUCUAUAGAAAAUCCACAAAAGCUUAAGAGUUAUUUACAUGUUGCAAAUGCUGCAAGUCUCUGAGUGUAAGAUAAUACCGGAAAGUUACAGGAAGAAAAGACACCUGUCUGCGAUGAGAUUGUACCUGCUUAUGGCCCACUCCCAAAGUCACUGAGGGCAUCCGUGUUAAGAUAAAGAAUAUUCAGGGAAUAAAUCAGGUACUGUCAGUGCCCAUGAGAUCAAAAGCAGAAUGAGAGCUAUAAUACUUAGACCUUCUUCUGCCACAGAGAAACCUUACAACACACCGGAAGAAGGAAAUAGACACAAUGGGGACAGAAAAGGAAGACGCACAGAGUAUUAUGGUGGAUGCUCUUGGUGUAGUUUUGGGCAGUAGUUUGACAGUGAUGCUUGGAGCCACUGCCCUGUACAUUCUGAUUCGCUGGUAUCAAAGCGGACGUUGUUGCUAUGAGACAAGCGUUGUCUUCAAUCUUUACAACAUUCGACAGCUGAAGUCAAUGGACCUGGAGCUGGCACCUCCCUUUACUGUCAGUGGCUCAAUGCAUGCUCAUGGACCCAUGUCUGGAUACCAUUACUCUCAAUUCCAGGACAGUGAAGUCUAAGAACAAAUGCAUAACAUGGUGGCGAGACUAAGGACAGCAUGCAACGUUCUCUUUUAUGUAAUCCCUUCAAUGAAAGAGAAUGCACUCUCUUAGUAAAAACUAGAAGUAUAAACUGGUUAACCAACAAUAUCCCAAGAUCACGACAUUAGUCUAAAGGAACUGAUCAAAUGAGCUGGAUUGAUAUGACUAAUAGAUGUAGAUGGAAAGGCUGAGUCAUCAGGCAUUACCCAGGGAUCCACCGCAUAGCGGUGUCUGUCAAUGAGGUUCAUUACAUUCCAUCCCACUGAAAUUUUCUAACAUUUGUUUCAAAUAACAUUUAUCAAUUUUCAUAAAGGUUUAUUUCUUAUGUUCCGGAUAUUUGUUUGGCAUACUCAUUUGAAGUGGGCCAUUAAA